AUGGAUCGAACCAGUGCGAAUAAAAGAGAACGGAGUGAUGUACCUGUUGAGAAGGACUUGGUGAUACGUGUGACAAAGCCUAGGAUCUUAAGGGCUUUGAAUAGGGCUAGUUACGUUAAUGUGGUGUUCAACGUUCAAAGACAGGAAAUCCCAAGAUCCUCAAAAAGGAAUAGGUACAUGUUGAACAUCCGCAUCAAAAUUAUAUGGUUGGUAGCUGGUUAUAUGACACCUAGUAAAUGUCAUGCCGUUGCAUUUCAGCAUUUGUUUAAGUUGAGCGACAACCCUAGGUGGCGAAUCCAUCUAGUUUUGUACAGUCUUCGUCAUAACCGUAUAAACUCUAAAGUAUAUACUUACCCAAGCUAA